GCUGAUGUUCCGGUCGUCCAGUACGUGUAAGUAGCAUGUCUGGUCAUUUGGUCGUGUGUUAAAAUUGUUCUACGUUGGUCGUAAGAGUUCUUCCUGGAAUUAUUUCCGAGCCCAGCAGCUCCGUGACACGCUGUUUUGGUCCCAAAAAUCGUAGCGGUCGUUGGUCGGGUGAAUGAAUGCUUCGUGUUUAUUCGUGGGACACAAUUUCGUUGUAUAGAUACGGUCGCCUAGCUGAAGCGUUGUAAUCGUGAAGGCCCCGCGAAAUUGUAGGAGUUUUUUUAGGAUCUUGUAUGCUAACCGCGGUCGCAAAUUUGUUCUCGGCUUCAGCACUAUGGUAGGUGCCCCAAAAAAUUAUAACCUCUUUUACGAUCGCAGCAGAGUCUUCACAGCCAUGCAGACAAGUUUUUGAAUAAAUACAACACCGAAAAAUGCUUUUUCGCGCAAUCUUGGAAUCUUUGUGUGAGCAGCUGCAGCUCCCCGACUUUUCACAGACAGCAACCACUCCACAAGCGCCACUUGUUCAACAUUCGCAUGCCGCUGCACCACGACUAUCCGGAACGAAUAAAGAUCUUCUAGUUGCCAUGCGCAUGCCGCACCACCCCCGCCACCGCGCAAGAACCAGUUUCGCCGAGGGUGCCAUCUGCGGGGUGCGCGGCGAUGGACAGAUGACCUGCGGCGUGCCGGUGGCGACGGAUGCCGUAACCGGGGCGCCCAUGAUCAUCGAGUUUGCACACGUCCAAUCGCAGCAGGAACAGGCUGGCUGUGCCAACAGUGCGGCGGGAGACAACAAAGCCAUUACGCAAGGGCUGGCGCAGUUGCUCGAGACGGUGAAUUCGGCACCAUAAUUGAAUACAAGAGCAGUACGCGUUCACUUUGCACGUUUGUUCUUUCAUGGACAGGAUUAGGAAGAUUCUCGACCUGAAAGCUUUUUUGUACCAAACCAGAUCAUAUUUGCACGCGCUCUCACUGAUUUGUCCUCAUGCCGGACCUCCACAUACCAUGUAGCAGAAGUCGGACACACACACAGCGUUGAUUUUUUUAUAAAACACCC